AAAAAGCUCCAAGAACUGUCUUGUUUCCAGGCUACGUCUUCUCACUUGCUAACAAGGACCUCUGAGUUCAGCAGCCAUGAGUUCAGACCAGGAAAUGGCCAUUUUCGGGGAGGCGGCUCCGUUCCUUCGGAAGUCUGAAAAGGAGCGCAUCGAGGCCCAGAAUAGGCCCUUUGAUGCCAAGACAUCUGUCUUUGUGGCGGAGCCCAAGGAAUCCUUUGUGAAAGGGACCAUCCAGAGCAGAGAAGGAGGGAAAGUGACGGUGAAGACCGAGGCUGGAGCGACUCUGACAGUGAAAGAUGAUCAAGUCUACCCCAUGAACCCUCCCAAGUACGACAAGAUCGAGGACAUGGCCAUGAUGACCCACCUGCACGAGCCCGCCGUGCUGUACAACCUCAAAGAGCGUUAUGCAGCCUGGAUGAUCUACACCUACUCGGGCCUCUUCUGCGUCACCGUGAACCCCUACAAGUGGCUGCCGGUCUACAACCCCGAGGUGGUGACCGCCUACCGAGGCAAGAAGCGCCAGGAGGCCCCGCCCCACAUCUUUUCCAUCUCUGACAACGCCUACCAGUUCAUGUUGACGGACCGAGAGAAUCAGUCAAUCCUGAUCACCGGAGAAUCUGGUGCGGGGAAGACUGUGAACACCAAGCGUGUCAUCCAGUACUUUGCAACAAUUGCAGUCACUGGGGAGAAGAAGAAGGAGGAAAUUACCUCUGGCAAAAUUCAGGGGACCCUUGAAGAUCAAAUCAUCAGCGCCAACCCCCUACUGGAGGCCUUUGGCAACGCCAAGACCGUGAGGAAUGAUAACUCCUCUCGCUUUGGUAAAUUCAUCAGAAUCCACUUUGGCACCACAGGGAAGCUGGCUUCUGCUGAUAUUGAAACAUAUCUGCUAGAGAAGUCUAGAGUUACUUUCCAGCUUAAGGCUGAAAGGAGCUAUCAUAUUUUUUAUCAGAUCACAUCGAACAAGAAACCAGAACUAAUUGAAAUGCUUCUGAUCACCACCAACCCAUAUGACUACCCAUUUGUCAGUCAAGGGGAGAUCAGUGUGGCUAGCAUUGAUGAUCAAGAAGAACUGAUGGCCACAGAUAGCGCUAUUGAUAUUCUGGGCUUCACUAAUGAUGAGAAAGUUUCCAUCUACAAGCUCACAGGGUCUGUGAUGCAUUACGGGAACUUGAAGUUCAAGCAGAAGCAGCGGGAAGAACAGGCUGAGCCAGAUGGCACCGAAGUUGCUGACAAGGCGGCCUAUCUCCAGGGUCUGAACUCUGCUGACCUGCUUAAAGCCCUCUGCUACCCCAGGGUCAAGGUUGGCAAUGAGUACGUCACCAAAGGCCAGACGGUAGAGCAGGUGACCAAUGCUGUGGGUGCUCUGGCCAAAGCCAUCUAUGAGAAGAUGUUCCUGUGGAUGGUCACCCGUAUCAACCAGCAGCUGGACACCAAGCAGCCCAGGCAGUACUUCAUCGGGGUGUUGGACAUCGCCGGCUUUGAGAUCUUUGACUUCAACAGCCUGGAGCAGCUGUGCAUCAACUUCACCAACGAGAAGCUGCAACAGUUCUUCAACCACCACAUGUUCGUGCUGGAGCAGGAGGAGUACAAGAAGGAGGGCAUCGAGUGGACCUUCAUCGACUUCGGGAUGGACCUGGCUGCUUGCAUCGAGCUCAUCGAGAAGCCCAUGGGCAUCUUCUCCAUCCUGGAAGAAGAGUGCAUGUUCCCCAAGGCCACAGACACCUCCUUCAAGAACAAGCUGUAUGAACAGCAUAUUGGAAAGUCGGCCAACUUCCAGAAGCCCAAGGUUGUCAAAGGCAAGGCUGAGGCUCACUUCUCACUGAUCCACUAUGCCGGCACCGUGGACUACAACAUCACCGGCUGGCUGGACAAGAACAAGGACCCCCUGAACGAGACCGUGGUUGGGCUGUACCAGAAGUCUUCAGUGAAAACUCUAGCUUUCCUCUUCUCUGGGGCUCAAACUGCUGAAGCAGAGGCGAGUGGUGGUGCCAAGAAAGGUGGCAAGAAGAAAGGCUCUUCUUUCCAGACCGUGUCUGCCCUUUUCAGAGAGAACUUGAACAAACUGAUGACCAACCUCAGGAGUACCCAUCCUCAUUUUGUGCGCUGUAUCAUCCCCAAUGAAACAAAGACUCCCGGGGCCAUGGAGCAUGAACUUGUCCUGCACCAGCUGCGGUGUAACGGGGUGCUGGAAGGGAUCCGCAUCUGCAGGAAGGGGUUCCCAAGCAGGAUCCUUUAUGCAGACUUCAAACAGAGGUACAAGGUAUUAAAUGCAAGUGCUAUCCCCGAAGGACAGUUCAUUCACCGUCUGGACGAGGCUGAGCAGCUGGCCCUGAAGGGAGGGAAGAAGCAGAUCCAGAAACUGGAGGCCAGGGUACGUGAGCUGGAAGGAGAGGUUGAGAGUGAGCAAAAGCGUAAUGUGGAAGCUGUGAAAGGUCUGCGCAAACACGAAAGAAGAGUGAAGGAACUCACUUACCAGACAGAAGAAGAUCGGAAAAAUAUUCUCAGACUUCAGGAUUUGGUAGAUAAACUUCAGGCCAAAGUGAAGUCUUACAAGAGACAAGCUGAGGAGGCUGAGGAACAAUCUAACACUAAUCUUGCUAAAUUCCGCAAGCUCCAGCAUGAGCUGGAGGAGGCUGAGGAGCGGGCUGACAUUGCCGAGUCCCAGGUCAACAAGCUGCGGGUGAAGAGCCGGGAGGUCCACACAAAAAUCGAUGACCUCGCCAGUAACAUGGAGACAGUCUCCAAAGCCAAGGGGAAUCUUGAAAAGAUGUGUCGCACUCUAGAAGACCAGGUGAGUGAACUUAAGACCAAGGAAGAGGAGCAGCAGCGGCUGAUCAACGACCUGACGGCUCAGAGAGCGCGUCUGCAGACGGAAUCAGGUGAAUAUUCACGCCAGCUAGAUGAAAAGGACUCAUUAGUUUCUCAGCUCUCAAGAGGCAAACAAGCAUUCACACAACAGAUCGAGGAACUGAAAAGGCAGCUUGAAGAAGAGAUAAAAGCCAAGAGUGCUCUGGCACAUGCCCUGCAAUCAGCCCGCCACGACUGCGACCUGCUGCGGGAACAGUAUGAGGAGGAGCAGGAGGGCAAGGCCGAGCUGCAAAGGGCAAUGUCCAAGGCCAACAGUGAGGUGGCCCAGUGGAGGACCAAAUACGAGACAGAUGCCAUCCAGCGCACAGAGGAGCUAGAGGAAGCCAAAAAGAAGCUGGCUCAGCGUCUACAGGAUGCCGAGGAGCAUGUAGAAGCUGUGAACGCCAAAUGCGCUUCCCUUGAGAAGACGAAGCAGCGGCUCCAGAAUGAGGUGGAGGACCUCAUGAUUGAUGUGGAGAGAACCAACGCAGCCUGCGCUGCCCUGGACAAGAAGCAGAGGAACUUCGACAAGAUCCUGGCAGAAUGGAAACAGAAGUAUGAAGAAACUCAUGCUGAACUUGAAGCUUCCCAAAAGGAGUCCCGCUCCCUUAGCACAGAGUUGUUCAAGAUUAAGAAUGCUUAUGAAGAAUCUUUAGACCAACUUGAAACCUUGAAGCGGGAAAAUAAGAAUUUACAACAGGAGAUUUCUGACCUCACGGAGCAGAUUGCAGAAGGAGGGAAACGUAUCCAUGAACUGGAGAAGAUAAAGAAACAAGUGGAACAAGAGAAGUCUGAACUUCAGGCCGCUUUAGAGGAGGCAGAGGUAGACAAUUUGAAGGGCGGGAAGAAGCAGAUCCAGAAACUGGAGGCCAGGGUCCGUGAACUUGAAGGAGAAGUUGAAAGUGAACAGAAGCGCAAUGUUGAAACUGUCAAGAGUCUACGCAAACAUGAGAGGAGAGUGAAGGAACUCACUUACCAGACUGAGGAAGACCGCAAGAAUGUGCUCAGACUCCAAGAUCUGGUAGAUAAACUGCAAGCGAAGGUGAAAGCUUACAAGAGACAAGCUGAGGAAGCGGAGGAACAAUCCAAUGUCAACCUUGCUAAAUUCCGCAAGCUCCAGCACGAGCUGGAGGAGGCUGAGGAACGGGCUGACAUUGCUGAGUCCCAGGUCAACAAGCUGCGGGUGAAGAGCCGGGAGGUCCACACGAAAAUCAUAAGUGAAGAGUAAUUCAAUGAAAUGCUAAACAGUGACCAAGGAAAUGCACAAAAUGUGAACAUCUUUGUCACUCUGUUUUCUACAUUGCUUUUUUGCAGAUAAAAAAUUUAUCCGCA